AUGUUUAUAACUUCUAGGACCGCCUUGGCACGCUGGCGAGCAGCCUACGUAGACAAGAUCAAUGAGAUUAAAAAGCGUCCUCACUUUGCCGGUGAUUGUGAAAUUCUUAAGGAUGCCAUGUAUUUUCGACGUCAGGUCGUUCAUGAGAUAUCGCGCAAAAUCGCUCAAAUCCAAAAUCCCAGCCUUGGAGAGUAUAAAUUACGGGAUUUAAAUGACGAAAUCAACAAGCUUAUCCGUGAGAAGGAUAGGUGGGACGUUCGGAUCAAGGAGCUUGGUGGACCAGACUAUCGGGAAGAUGGUCCUAAACUUCUAGAAAAAGAUGGAAAGGAGGCUCCAGGGAACCGAGGUUAUCGAUAUUUCGGCGCUGCACGAGAUUUGCCCGGUGUUAGAGAGCUAUUUGAAGACCAACCACAACCGAUACCUAGAAAAACACGGGGUGAGCUGAUGAAAUCUGUUGAUAUCUCAUACUACGGUAACUGCGAUGAGGACGAUGGAGUCAUUCUCCCUCAGGAAGCGGCCUACGAAGAGAAGCUAGCUGAAUCUUUCAUUACUCCAGUGAUGGCAAAGAAGGCGGAGGUGUGGCGCCGUCGUCACGCGGACGAAGUGGCCGGUCGCAAAGCCGCUUACUACAAGACUCCCGAGCAGUUGGCUGAAGAGGCAGAGGUGGACGAAGACAAUCCUGAUGAUAAGGAUAUCUACGAUACUGGGGACAAUCCUGCAGAUACGGAGUUAUUAAAGCUCUACGCGACCGCAGAACGCGACUCUGAGGCAAAGCGUCUGCUUGAAUCGGAGGGCACAGUGCACGCCUCUUUGGCCAUGGCCCUCUCUUCUACGGACGUGGAUGCGAUAGAAGCGGAGCGCGAACUCACUCUGGAUGAGUUGCUGGCAAAAACAGGCGCUCGUCCACCCGGUCACCUUAAGCGCGCUUUUGUAGCCCACGCACCCAUACCGAGCCAAAAAGAGGUGGAAGAGGCGUUGGUAGAGAAGAGGAAACGUGAACUACUGGAGCAGUACAUGACUCCUGAGUUCAUUGAGAGCAUUCAAGACACUGGAAAACUGUUGGGUGUGGACAAGAUGAGAGAUGACGUAGAAGUGGAGUCACAGGAGGAUGGCGAAGGAGAAGCCCAGAAGACAGCAGCAGCAGCAGCAGCAGCAGCAACGGUGGAGGAAAGUGAAGAACCUAAUGUACAGAAUGAGUGUGAAACUGUGAAGUAA